AUGUCUAGAAAUGACUCAUAUGGUGGAUAUGAACAAGAGAGAUUUCUCGAUAAAGUUCAUCCAAGAUUUGAAUGUCCCAUAUGUUUCAAAAUAUUUAAGGAUCCUGUUCAAUGUCCAAAUCAGCAUCAUUUCUGUCGUUCUUGCAUCGAAAGAUUUUUACUUUCUUCUAACAAAUGUCCUCAAUGUAAUUGUCAAAUUACGUCGAAGACAUUGCAGGAUGCACCUAGAAUUCUCACCGAAAUGUUAGAAGAUCAUGAUAUUCGCUGUAAGAAUGCCAACCGUGGUUGUCAUGAAAUAGUGAAGCUUCAAUUUCUCGAACGUCAUGAGAAGAACUGUGGUUAUUCACCUACACCUUGUAGAAAUGAAGGUUGUAACGAAGUCCUUAAUAAAAACGAGAUUGAAGAACAUGAAAGAGAACGAUGUGAGUUCCGUCUCAUUGAAUGUGAAGAAUGCAAAAUGAUGCUUGUGUUCAGAUACAGACGAUCUCAUUCAUGUUUCUUGAGGAAAGAGAUUGACGAGUUGACCAAAAGAUUGGAGAUGUUUCAAAAGAUGUUUAAAGAGCAAAUGAAGUUGAAUCGUGAUGAAAUGAUGAUUCAUGUCGAAGAGCAAAUGAGAUUAAGUCGUAAUGAAAUGACGUUUCUUACAACAGAAACGACAGAACGAUAUAAUUUUCUUACGGGGAAAGUAAAGAUUUUUGUUUGUGGAGGAAGAGAUGGAGAGAAUCGUUUGAAUUCUGUCGAGUCUUUCAACUGGGAUUCAAAUUGUUGGCAACAGGAACCUGAAAUGAAUGAAGAACGAUCUGGAGCAACUGCAUUUGUUCAUAAUCGAGAAAUAUUUCUCUGUGGUGGUUGGAAUGGGAAACAACCGUUAGGAAAUAUUGAAAGUUUAAAUGUGGAUGGAAAAUUGCAAUGGAAAAUAUCUCAUGUCAUGUUACCAAGAAAGUGUAAUGCACAUAGUAUGAUUUAUCAUAAUUGA